AGAGAUACUGGCUUUAAACGGUGAGUUGGAGAGUGUGGGUCUCAUCCACACUGUGCAUAAGAAGUGCAUCUUCCAAGCCCUACUUCCCUUUCCUCUUUCCUAGGGCUCGGAACCCUCCCCUGCUGCACGCAGACCACGCUGGCACACCUGGCAGAGGAACAGCUGGCAAAAGCCUCUGAGCCUGGGACUAACCACUGCCUCUGAUCUCAGCGGGAGCCCCAGCACGGAGACUGAAAAGAUGAUGCUGGAUCUUCUGGGACCCUUUCCUCUCCUCCUGUUGCUACUGGGAUCAUGGGGGUCAGUGCAUCCCCUUGGUGCUUGGGCUCAACGCCCCAGCAGAGCUCAAUGGUUUGCAAUUCAGCAUAUAAGUGCGGGUCCUGUCCAAUGCAACAAUGCAAUGUCUGUUGUCAAUAUUUAUAAUCAGCGCUGUAAGCCUCAGAACACCUUUCUGCAGGACUCCUACCACAACGUGGCUGCUACCUGUCUUUUGCCGAACAGGAUCUGCAGGAAUGGCCAGAAUAACUGUCACCAGAGUGCAAAUCCUAUUAGAAUGACUUACUGCUAUCACACUGGAGGGUCAUAUCCCAACUGCCGCUACAGUACUACUCUCCAGAACCAGCUCUACACUGUUGCCUGUAACCCCCCUCAGCCAGGCGACCCUCCCUAUCCUCUGGUUCCUGUACACUUAGAUUAAGACUAAGGUUUCCAUUACUUUCCCUCUCACUUGGUGUAGGUUCUCUUAUGAUCUCUUCUGCUUUUUUUCCCCUUUGUUAUUUUCUGUG